AGUCUCGUCUUUCGCAACCGCUCGUUAGCGGGCGAGGGGGUUAGGCUAUAACAACACACACACACUAGGAUGUCUCCUCGAGUUUGCUCCUGCCUUAGAAAGCACCGCAAAACACACAACUUAGGCGGUUCUGUACACCACUGAUAGCGCCAGCGCUGCAGUGGUGCCUCCAGCAGCACACGCGACCAGUACUGCGAGCCCCUCAAAAGAAAAGGCCUCGGCUCGAGACCCGAAAAACAACCAAUCCUUUGCCCAUAGACAUCAUCAAAACAACGCACAAUGAAGGCCUGGCUCGGACUCGAGGAGAAGGAGCAGAGCUACAUGGACCUCGGCGGAAACAACGAUGCGGAGAACCCACUGACCCAAGCCGCGAAUUCCGUCGCGGGCGCAGCGCGGACCGCGUCGAUCAGCGCGCGGCGGGCGGUCGGCAUGCAGGUCCCGGUCGAGGAACAGACCAUCGAGGAGCAGGUCUGCGAGAUGUGCCCGACGAUGACGUUCAAGCAGCGUCUCAUUGCCUUAAUUUGCUGCUGCGUGCUCGGGUACAUCCUCGAGAUCUGCGGUACGCUUACACUCAUCGGCGGGCCGACGGCCCGGAACAUCCGCAAGUUCUCGGUGCUGUACGUGUGCGGCAAUUUGAUCGCGAUCAUGGCGACGGCCUUCUGGGUCGGGCCGAAGCUCAUGUGCAAGAAGAUGUGGAACUCGACGCGGCGCGGCGCGACGGCCAUGUACCUCGUGUCGCUCGUAUUGGUACUCGUGCUGGCUUUGUUGCACGUCGCGGUCUUCAUCGUGCUCCUCAUGCUCGCCGUGGAGCUCUUCUGCGCGGUCUGGUACAGCGCGUCCUACGUGCCGAAGGGGCGGUGGUGCGUCGUGCAGUGCUGCAAGAACACGCUGUUUAGCCCGUGCCCCGAGGUGUUGGAUCCGGUCCAGGCGAGCCUGCCGACGGUCUGACUCGGGAG